GGCGGGGUGGCGCGCGGAGGGACUCGCCUCUCCAGUGCAGCCGCCGAGAGCAUCCUCGUCCGCCGCCCGGAGGGAAGACGCGGGACAAGAUGCUCCGCCAGAGCCUCUCGGUGUUGGUCGUCCUGGCAGGAAUCGCGUCCGGGCUGCAGGCGGAGGAAGAGCCAAAAAGCAAAUCCAAAAUCUGUGCUAAUGUGUUCUGUGGGGCUGGCCGGGAGUGUGCUGUGACAGAGAAGGGCGAGCCCACGUGCUUGUGCAUUGAGAAAUGCAAACCCCACAAGAGGCCUGUGUGCGGCAGCAACGGCAAGACGUAUCUGAACCACUGUGAACUGCAUCGUGACGCCUGCCUCACUGGCUCCAAGAUCCAGGUGGACUACGAUGGCCACUGCAAAGAGAGGAAGGCUGAGAAUUCGGCUGCAAGCCCAGUUGUCUGCUACAGGGCUGACCGGGACCAGCUCCGGCAUCACCUCAUUCAGUGGCUUGAAGCUGAGAUUGUUCCUGACGGCUGGUUCUCUAAAGGCAGCAACUACACGGAAAUCCUAGAAAAAUACUUCAAGAAUUUUGACGAUGGGGAUUCUCAUCUAGACUCCAGUGAGUUCCUAAAGUUUGUGGAACAAAAUAAGACCACUGUCAACCUCUCUGCCUACAUGGACCAAGAGACCGACAGGCUGCUCAGGGGACUCUGUGUGGAUGCCCUCAUUGAACUUUCAGAUGAUAACGCUGAUUGGAAGCUCAGUUUCAAUGAAUUCCUCAAGUGCCUCAAUCCGUCUUUCAACCCACCGGAGAAAAAGUGUGCCCUUGAAGACGAGACGUAUGAAGAUGGGGCAGAGACCCAGGUGGAGUGUAACCGCUGUGUUUGUGCCUGUGGGAAGUGGGUGUGCACAGCCAUGACCUGCGAGGGUAAGACCCAGAAGAUGCCUUCCCAGGGGCAGCAGCCUGAAGAUAAACUGACUGAAGAGGAACUGACCAGAUACAUUCAGGAGCUGCAGAAGCAUCAGGAAACUUCUGAGAAGAUUAAGCAAAUGAGCACCAAAGAGAUAUAAGAAGAAGCUGCAGGCGAAGAUAUCUAAAGGCAGGGUGUGGUCCCUGCCUCACCCACUGGUCUUCCUUCAGUGCUGAUCUCAAUAUGCAAAUGUGUCACAGAUAUUUACAUUGUAUAGCGAUGGGAGGGGGACAAAGAAAAGCAAGCUGAAAUUUAAAGGAACAAGAAGACCCCGUAUAAUGGUCUUUAGUGACAGGUUCAGGAGCCCCGCACUGUUAGGGGUGAGUGAGGAAAAAAGACAGUUCCACCGGAGCGCUUCGAACUCCAGGAAAGCAUCCUCGUGACCCAUAGCUUUUUAGAGAGUCCGUGGGGAUUUAUUUGCUGAUAGGGGAAUUCUUUCCAGGGAAUGGCUCUUGGGAAUCUCCCUGACAGUUUGUAUAAAAUUGUCCACAACCACUAUCACAGCUGCAGGAACUGGAGAAGAAGAUGCCUGUUUCUAAUUCUAUGUUCUGUGCAGGGCUUUUUUUUCUGGGAAAAGAGGGGGUGGAACUCAGUGGUGGAACUCGGGACCGCACAAUGUCGUCACUUUGGGUCAGCUGGAACAAGGGGGGAGUUUUUUAAAGUUUAAAUUGCCCUUGGUGAAAAUGGUCAC